CCAGGAGGGAACGCGGCGGCAUAGAGGGCACUUCACUUCCUUGGGCGACUCGGGUCCUCGGGUGUAAGUGGCCGACCGGCGGCCCAGGAGGCCGAGGGAGGUCGGGGGAAUCUGCGCGUUAGUAUCCGCCGUUUGUGCUCAGUCCCUCUUCUCGUCUUGCGUCAAGUCGCCAUGAAGGACUCGCUGGUGCUGCUGGGUCGUGUUCCAGCACACCCAGACUCGCGCUGCUGGUUCUUGGCCUGGAACCCCGCAGGAACUCUUCUGGCCUCGUGCGGGGGCGACCGCAGAGUCCGCAUCUGGGGCACUGAGGGUGACAACUGGAUCUGCAAAUCUGUCCUUUCUGAAGGCCACCAGCGCACUGUGCGGAAGGUGGCUUGGUCUCCCUGUGGCAAUUACUUGGCCUCUGCCAGCUUUGAUGCUACCACUUGCAUUUGGAAGAAGAAUCAGGAUGACUUUGAGUGUGUGACUCUGGAAGGCCAUGAAAAUGAAGUCAAGUCAGUGGCCUGGGCCCCAUCUGGCAACCUCCUUGCUACCUGCAGUCGAGAUAAGAGUGUGUGGGUCUGGGAAGUUGAUGAAGAAGAUGAGUACGAAUGUGUCAGUGUCCUCAACUCCCACACACAGGGUAAGCAUGUGGUCUGGCACCCAACCCAGGAGCUGUUAGCUUCUGCAAGCUAUGAUGACACAGUGAAGCUCUAUCGGGAGGAAGAGGAUGACUGGGUAUGCUGUGCCACCCUUGAAGGCCACGAAUCCACCGUAUGGAGCUUGGCCUUUGACCCCAGUGGCCAGCGUCUAGCGUCUUGCAGUGAUGACCGUACCGUGCGCAUCUGGCACCAGUAUCUGCCAGGCAAUGAGCAAGGGGUGGCAUGCAGCUCUGAUCCCAGCUGGAAGUGUAUCUGCACUUUGUCAGGCUUCCACUCCAGGACCAUUUACGACAUCGCUUGGUGUUCGCUGACAUGGGCCCUGGCUACUGUGGGGGACGAUGCCAUCCGAGUGUUUGAGGAGGACCCCGGCUCAGAUCCACAGCAGCCUACCUUCUCUCUGACAGCCCACUUGCCUCAGGCCCAUUCCCAGGAUGUCAACUGUGUGGCCUGGAACCAGCAGCAGGGACUCCUGGCCUCUUGCAGUGAUGAUGGGGAGGUGGCCUUCUGGAAGUACCAGCGCCUGAAGUCCUCUGAGCCACCUCUACUUAGGAUAGAAUUGUGGUUCCCUGGAAAAUGUCGUAAGACUUUCCUAGCCCGAGGACCUGAAGGAGGAGUGUGGCCUUCGUUUAACUUGGUUCUCUCCCAGUCAGACCUGGGUAGAUGUGCAGGGCCACAGAACCACAAGCUGUUUCCCUCCUUCAACAUGGGGCCCUUUGUGAACAACUACAGAAACAGCAGUACCUUGUAGUAUGCCACAGAUUUUGCUUCCCUUUAGCUCACAGUGUCAAAGUUAUGGGGGCCGGGUGAGUGUACUACUUAUAAUCACCAUGUCUGUAUAUGGAGGAUUGUAUCUCAGACCUUUCUGAAAUUGUAAGUCUUAUAGAAAUAAUCCCCGAGUCCCAAGUCAUGUUUUAUUACUAGGAUAUUCACAAUGUAAAACAUUUCCAUGAGUCCUUUUCUCAAAUAGGUCCUACCUUCCUGAUUUCUGACUCCUUGCAUUUAAGACAUUUGAUAAAUAUUGAAGGAUAUCUUUUUUGGUGUAGACUAGUUUAAAGACACCUCUGCUUUCCCUUAGAAACCUUCAUGUAUCUUCUGUGCCUGCAGGGAAUACCAAAAAAAUAAAUGGGGAAGGGUGUGAACCCUAAAAGGUAGAGUUAUUGGCUUCAGGCCAUACAUUUCAAUGGGGCUGAAAGUUGAUACUUGGGUGGAGGACAAAAAUAAAAAAACUGUUCAAGACAAUAGCUUGUCAUUUAAGGGACCGCAGUACACUACACAGUAUAUCUGUGGUAUUAAAUUUUCAUGGUGAGGGCAAAUAGGAAAAAGGUUUCUGAUACAGCUCCUUAGGAGAAUGAUAAUGAAAAAAGAUAAUUACUGCCAUAGGCCAUUAUAUCUGCCAUCACUCAAGUUGUCUUGUGUCACCUGAUAGGGGUUUUGGCUUGAGGACUGUUCCCCAAAGCUAGACUUUAUUGACUUUUUAUAGGAGAGAAGUAAUGACCACAGACUGAAGAGACUGCUGGGGCAAUACAAAAAGCAGUGUUUCUCAAAUGUGCUCUGUAUAUCCCCAGGAGACCGGAGUGCCUGAGGGCUAAGGGGUCUGAGACUUGAGCUGUUGCCAUAUUGGCAGGAGCCAUGACAUCAGCACCAAUAGUGGUAGUCUUCAUGGCCUUGCUCACAGCAAAAGUACUGCCAACUCCACUUAGAAAUGUCCGAGAACAAAUACACAUCAAUUGUAUAAAAUCUUGACCCUUGGGAACACCGCCAUGUUGUAACAAUGGCAGCAUGCAGACAGCACAGUGGAGAGUAUCUUGAGGAAAAGCAGUUGUGUAGCUAAAUUGCUGGCUGAAUGAGCUGUGUACCAUUUUCACUUGUAGGAAAUUAUAGGAUGAAAACCUGAUUACUUGGCAGAUGAUUUCUGGGAAAUGAAUGAGCCUUUCACUCCAAGGGCAACUGAUACAGCAUGGCCAAUGAUCAAGCAUUCAAGCAAAACUUAGAAUUUUGGAAAACUUGGACCAACACCAUGCACUUGACAUCUUUCAAUACACUGACACUUCAUGUGUACACAGCUCCAGGCUCAUCAAACCCUGUACUGGUCACAUUUGCCAGGUAAAUGUUUCAGUACUCAGCGCUUGCUAGAUCUUAUAUGAGCCACACUGCCCACCAAGAGAAAAUGCUGCAUUGUCAGCACUUGUCAGUUUCAGCAUCCAUCAUGAGUUCUGGAACAAAUUAAUGAAUACCAAGGUACCACUGUACAUAGAUUUUCUGAGAUUGGUAGUGGUACUAAUGUGAUUUGUAUGAUAAAAUGUGUCAACAUUUAGAAGAUCUGCAUGACUCAGUGAAUCAGCAUUUUCCAAAUGAUUGUGUGAUGUUACAGAAUCAUUCAUGGGUAAGAGGUAAGAGACUUGUGGAUUUAAUGUUAACAGUACAGGAAGCUCAUUGAUAAGGUUUCAGAUUCCACAUUGCACUUGAGAAACUAUCACUUGCGGAGUAUCACUAUAGCAUCAAACAGCCAGUUUCCAAAGCUAUUAAAAACUUCCUUUC